AUGGAGCCUAAAACCUCGGGUCGUCGUAAGCGCCAGGACUGUCCUGAGGAGGAGGGUGACUUCCGCCAGAAGCGGACUGCCGAGCUGAAGUUGGCGACCGUGGAGAAGUUGAUGGCAGGCCUCAGUUUCCAGGGCGGCACUUCCCUCAAGAUGAAGCUGGCGAACCUGGUGCACCUGCUCAACAAAGGGGGGCUUAGAGUGGAGCUGAAAAAGCACAUCAUGAACGAGCUGAUAACCUGUGUGGGCAAUCAUCCCGGGCAGUCCAGUGCGUAUGCCACAUUUUUGGGCCUGCUCAAUGUCGGAGACUUUGAAUUCGCCUCCCAGUGCCUGUCGUUCAUGUUGCAGAAGGCUAACGAGUCGAUGUACACGAACGAUUGGGACAGGUGCCGAGGUGUGGUCCACUUCCUGGUGGACCUGUAUAACUGCCAAGUGAUACCGUCGUCCUCCAUGCUGACAAUGUUCGCAGUCCUCCUAAAGGAGUGCGAGGCUCUGAUGGAUCCGGACGAUGUGGUGGUCGCUCCGCAGCUGCGUCGCGAUUGGCUUGCCUACUGUGUGCUAUCCGCCAUCCCCCUUAUUGGAAGGGAUCUGGAGGGGGAGACGGCAUUUGAGAAGCUGAUGGUCUCGCUGCAGAUUUACAUCAAGAAGCGGUGCGUUCAGCACACCACCAUGCUGAGUGUUUGGUGGGAUUUCAAGCAGAGCGACUAUCUGGAGCUGCUGUGGCAGCAGGUGGACGGAUUGAGGCAGGAUCGUUGGGCCGAACCGGAGCACGAGUUGAUCCCCCGACCUUAUAUAAGCUUCGAUAAUACCUUGAGGCACGGCCAGAUGCACUACAUAAGGGAUUUCGAGUUGGCCCCCCAUCAGCAGGGAUGUCGCUAUCCCCCGCCGCGAGUUUGCUUCCACAUCUUCUUUGACGACUCUGUCGGUGAGAUCCUCCACUUGCCCUCGCCGGUGCGCAUCGAAAGGCAUCUGCUGGAGGCCCAAAUUCAGGAUGUGCUGCACUCCUAUCAUAAGGAAAGAAAAAUCUGUGCCGACAGCCUCUUGGGCUACGCCGCCUCCAAGCCCGAGCUGCCGGUCUAUCACUGCAUCGUAGAGGUGAUCUUGGGCGAGAUGCUGCAGCUGCCCACGGCCCAGUGGAUCAACAUCAACUACGGAGCCCUUCUGGUGGAGCUGUGCAAGCGCCAACCGGACAAGGUGCCCCAGGUGGUUGUCAUGGCCAUGGACAUCCUUUUCGAUCGACUGAGCUCCAUGAGCGUGGCCUGCUUCGACCGGCUGGUCAACUGGGUGUCGUAUCACAUUAGCAACUUUGGGUUUAUCUGCCAAUGGAGUGAGUGGGCUGAAAGCCUUCCAACGCCAAUAGAUCCGAGUGCCACCAAUCUGCACCCAAAGGUGGUUUUCCUCAGGGAAUUGAUCAAGAAGUGCCUCAGGUUGUCGUACCAGCAACGAAUUGCAGAGAUUGUGCCGGAUAUUCUGGCCGGAUUUCUUCCGCCGCCUGCCGUCCCGCACUUCAAGUUUUUCGAUGAAACACUUCCUGGUGGCAUUUUGUCCAAGACUCUGCUGGAAGCGAUGCGCAGCAAGGAAUCAUGCCCAGAAAUGAUCUCCAAAAUUAUUAAUGCCACCACCGGAGUCGGUCCGCUGCUCAAGAUCAACGUUUUCACCCAGAACUGCCUUCAUCUGGGAUCCAAAUCAUUUAGCCACACUUUCGCAAUUCUCAGCAAAUACCACUCUGUCUUCAAGGAUUUGGCUGCACAAGAUCCGGAGAAGCAGCUCGCGAUCUUGAACGGAACCUUCGAUGUGUGGAUUGCCUGCGAUCAGUAUAAAUUUGUGGUGUCCGAAAAGCUGGUCAAAAUGGAGAUAAUUAAUUACAAUAACCUUGUGACCUGGAUCUUCGACCCUAUGAUGCGCAAGGAGCUCACCAAGAUGUACGUCUGGGAGCUGCUCCACUCCGCUGUGCGCCACCUGAGGCGUGCCGAACGUGCGGUUGCAGUCGUGGAUGUCGAUGAUCCAAGUGCCUCCGAACCUUUGGUGAAAGGCAUCCUGCUGAGAAUUUUUCAGCGUUUUGUGAAGAUCCUAUCCGGAGCUCCGGAGGCAGAGAAGGGAACAGAGGAGCACUACUGGUUUCAGUGGGUUCUGGGCAGGCUGCAGGAGAUGCUCUUUAUCUUUGCGGAUGACUUCAAGAUAAUCUCGAACAAGUUGCUUAAAAUAACCGAGGUGACCGAAGUCAGGCCUGAAAUCACGGAAAUCAUUGAAGCUUUUGUGGCUUACACCAUGUAGCUUCUG